AAGAUGGCGGCGGGAGCCGAGCGCGGCGCGGGGCUGCCCGCGGAGCCGCCGCCGCUGAGCCCCGAGGAGGUGGCGAGGCGGCUGGAGAGCACCCGCCGCGAGCUCAGCAACCGCCGCAAGAUCCUGCUGAGGAACCUGCCGGCCGAGAGCAGCAGCCAGGAAAUCCACGACUUGUUUAAAGAUUAUGAAAUCAAGUAUUGUUACGUGGACAGAAAUAAAAGGACAGCAUUCGUUACUCUGUUGAAUGGAGAGCAGGCUCAGAGCGCCAUUCGGAAAUUCCACCAGUAUUCCCUGCGUGGAAAAGAGAUAUCUGUGCAGCUCCAACCCACAGAUGCCUUGCUGUGCAUCACGAAUUUGCCCGUUUCAUUCACCUUGGAAGAGUUUGAAGAACUUGUGCGUGCCUAUGGCAACGUGGAGAGGUGUUUCUUGGUGUACAGCGAGGCCACUGGUCAUUCCAAGGGCUAUGGCUUUGUGGAAUACAUGAAGAAGGACUCUGCUGCAAAGGCCAGGCUGGAACUUCUGGGGAAGCAGUUAGAGGAGAGCACUCUGUUUGCACAGUGGAUGGAUGUGAACCAGCUGACCACAAACCUUAUUCACUCCAAGUGCCUUUGUGUAGAUAAAUUACAAAAAGACUGUGCUGAUUCGAAAGAACUGAUCCAAGCUUUCUCCCUGAAGUACAAACCUGUGUUCUGCCAGUUUGCCCAGGAUGAGGACGGUGGCACCGGGGACUUCGCCGUGGUGGAGUACGAGAGCGCGGAGCAGGCGGAGAAGGUCCGGGAGCUCACCGAUGGAAUGACCCUCAAAGGGAGGAGAGUCCACGUGUCCUACUGUGCCCCCGGAGCGGCGGGAAGGAGCACCUUGGCAGCACUUAUAGCAGCACAGAGGAUGAUGAGGAACAAUAGGAAAGGCUUGCUCCCAGAGCCAAAUCCAGUGCAGAUCAUGAAGAGUUUUAAUAAUCCAGCAAUGUUGCAGAUGCUGCUGCAGCCCCAGUUGCGUGGCCACACUGUUAAACCUGUUCUUGGAGCAUCUGCAGCUUUACCUCAUCUUAUAAAUUCAGCAGUUGGCCCCCCUUUUUUGCAGCUGAACAAAGUUCAUCAGAGCUCAAUUCUGGGGAACACAUCCAACCUGCUGCUGCAGAGCCCUGCCCACCUGCCACUGCCCCAGCAGCAGCUCCUGAAGAUGGAAAACAUCCAGGCUAACAGUAAACCAGGUUUGCUGGGAGAACCUCCAACAAUGCUCCUCCAGACAGUGCUGGGAAUAGGGAUGAUGCCAGCGGUGAGCUCAGGAAUGGGAACCCGAGGAGAAGCUCUGAAGUCAGCAGCAGGGAUGGGCAUGCUGCCAUUCUUCCCGAAUCAGCACAUUGUUGGACAAGCCAUCCCAGGGCAAAAUAAUGCUCCGGACAAACCCUCCCUGGGUGAAGCCGUUGUGUCGGGAUCACAGCCUUAUCCCCAGACCCUGACAACCCUUCCUGCUGCAGCUCUGAGGGCUGGACACACCAAACAACAGAACCAGCUCAAAAGCACUGACACAAAUCUGGGGACUACCUUGAAAAAACAGACUUCACUGCUUGGGGAACCACCAAAAGAAAUUCGCCUGAGCACCAACCCCUACUUGAAUUUGGCAAGUGUGUUGCCUGGGAUGUGCCUGCCAGCAGCAAUUGCCAGCAAAGCCUCCAAUCCACAGCAGCAGACUGGCCUUCCAAACAACGUGGUGGAUGCUGCCGUGUCUCAGGGAACUGCAUCGCAACACGCCAUGGAGAACUAUUUCAGCUACUCUCAGCAGCCUGGGGAGUACACACAGGUGGCUCCAGCCCGGAGUGAGAAGCGCAGCUCCUCGUACCUCAUUUCCUCCCCGGAGCCCGGCCCCGUGGAAUUCCCGGCUCCGGGAUCCGCAGUGCGUUACACAGAGUCCUCCCUCAAAAAAAAACGUGUGUAUUGAGCCUGGAACCCUCCCUCCUGCCUGGGGGGGGCAAGGCAGGCCUGGACCUCUGCUAUUUAUUGCUGCCUUAACUCCACACACGUCAUUCUGCUCCCUGGGUCGUCGUGGUGGCCCAGGAGGAGCCCCCUCUGUCACGGCACAUCCGAGGACACGGUACGUAUGUGAGGGGUGGCUGGUCCUUGGUGGUCUCACUUUCCCUUGGGAGAAGAGGGGAUGGUGUUGGUUUGUCACCUGCCCCACCAGAGCAGCUGAGGGCCAGAGCACAGUGACUUGGGAGCUGUGGCAGCUCCACCAGCUGAAAGCAAUAAAUCCCUGAGGAAGGAAAGCUGAUCCUUUCUCCAGUCCUCAGGCUGAGGAACUUAAAAGAGGAAGUCUUGAUAGUAAUUAUUUUGUAUUUUUUUAACUCAGAACGUGUGGGUUUUUUCCAACCUGACUUUUUCCAGGAUUAAGAAUCCUGCAUUUACAGCCUUGGCAUUUUUAAUAUUUCCUCUCAGUCCUGGAACGGAGCGAUACCAAAUGUACUCCCAGAGCCUCGGUGAUGUUCUCAAUAAAUGGCUGGUAAAAGGAAGAUGUUAUACUGUGCUGCCUUGGAAUUUUCAGUGGGAUCUGGAUAGGUGACACUUGGACAGUGGAGUAACCUUUAUCUGCUUUUAGGCUGAGAAUCCACAGCUUUUCCUGGGAGGCAGUGAUUCCCAGGGUGUGGAUGUACCCCUGUAACACAGGGGGUGUGGUGAAGCCCCUCCUCCUUCCCCAGGUGUGGGACAGCUGAGCCAGGUGUGUCCCUGCUCUUCCAGGGCCACCCACAGCCACUGUUUCCCAGAUUGAGUGUAUUUUCCUUUUUUCCUUAUUUUGUGUUUUUAAGACUUCUUGUAUUUUUAGCUUAUUCAUUAAGAAUUGUUCUUUUCUGCUGUCAGUCCUUAUAGUUGAAGAUUAGCAAUCCUUACUUUUGCAGUCGGUGUUGAGACAGGUAAAGAAGGAGCCAUCCCUCAUUCCAAGGAAUCCUUGGAAUCCUUUGCCUUGGAAUCAUGCAGCAAAUCCAUUUGGACUGAGUUCACCGAGGCCACAACCUUCCUUACCCUUCCUAGUUAAUACUGAAGCCAUUUUUCAAUACUGAUUUUUUUUAAAUAAAUAAAAAAAAGGUUUUAAACUUUGCCUUUCAAGCUUUGGGAUGUGAUCAGGAUCAGUAUUUUCAAAGCUUAAAAACAAAAAAAUCCCAAUCCCUCCUCCUUCAGCUGCUGGGCUGUGGAACUGGCCCACCCUUUGUGCACAAACAGAGAACAGGAGCUUUUCUGGGAUUCUGCCUGUAUGUAUUGAGAAAUUAACUUGUAAUAUUUUGUUCCAACUGUUUGUAUAUGCAACUUUCUCAACUUGUUACACUUUUCAAUGAAAAUAAAUUGUUGGUACAUAUUUAAAGUGGUUUUCUGUGGGAGGGAAACAGCCUUGGACUACUUUAGUCAGGUAAGGUAGGGAAAGGUGGUUUCAAAACACGUUCUGACCAC